GCCAUUUUUAAUAAUGAAAAUUUGUUGUACAUUUUUAUCCUUUUUAGUUCUUAACCUUAUAAUCAUGUCAAAUGGACAAAACACAAAUUUUCCACCAAUGAUGUUUAACUUCAACUUCUGCGUCGACUGCUCGGAUCAUUUCGACCCAAAGUGCUAUGUGAACAGGGAAGCCAUGGAAGUGCCCGAAAAUGAAAGACACAAAAUACGACCUUUCAAUAGGUUUACAGAUAAGCCCAAUAAAAAAUUAGCGAAAUGCCUAUCGGAAAAAUACGUAAUAACUGGUGACUUGGAGUCAAUGAUUUGCACAAUGUCGCCACUUUUGGGCUGCAAUUUAAUUGGUAAUGAGAUGGUCUUGAAGAAUGAAAAGGCCAGAUUAAUAACUUGUGUCAUCUGUGGUCGAUAUUGCGGAUGUAAAAUAUUAGGCUCCAAAUUUGAUACCAGUUGCGGACUUAUUGCUGUUAAACUGAAUUGUCUAUUGGCCAUAUCCUUGUCUCUGCUUCAAAUCAUUUUCUAUAUUUGUUGUUGAUUCUUUGCCACUUUUCAAAUAAA